AUGGCCCCCAAGCGAGUCCUCCUCACAGGUGCGAAUGGCUAUCUGGCCCAACACGUACUCGGGCAGUUCCUGUCCGCUGGCCAUUCAGUGCGCGGUACUGUACGCUCUGCUGCCAAGGCGACACAACUCAAGUCAACGUUUUCCCAGUACGGCCCGGCCCAGCUCGAUCUCGUCGUCGUGCCGGACAUGACGCUCCUGGGUGCUUUCGACGAGGCGCUCAAAUCAGACCCGGCCUUCGACUGGGUCAUCCACACGGCAUCUCCUGUCAGCUACCGUAAUACAACGGCAGGCUCCAGUGAGGAAAAUUAUGUGAACCCGGCAGUCAAGGGCACGAUGGAGGUCCUGGAGGGCAUCAAGAGAGUCGCGCCCUGCGUGACAAGGGUUGUCCUGACUAACUCCAUCGCAGCCGUCAUCGACUGGAACCCAUCGAUUCCUUAUAUCACGCAGCCGGCGCGGGUCUACACGGGCGCCGAUUGGAACCCGACCACCCUCGAGGAGGUCCGCCCGACUGCAGACGCGCCGGCGGCGUACCGGGCUAGCAAGACGUUUGCCGAGAGAGCAGCCUGGAAGUUUGUGGAGCGAGAAAAGCCCGACUUCGACCUCGUGACGUUCUGCCCGCCCAUGAUCUACGGCCCCGUGUUUGACGAGAGGUGGAUCGGCAGGCCGGAGGAACUCGACCAGAGCGCCUGGAACAUCUACAGCCGGUUGCUGCGCCCCGGUCUGCAGAGCACCGACCCUGUGCCCCCGACGGGGCUGCAUCUGUACGUGGAUGUUCGUGAUAUCGCACGUGCGCAUCUGCGCUGGGGAGAUGGGCUACCAGAGGAUCGCGAAUAUAUUGCGAGAAAGCUUGCCGGAGAAGAGAGGGACAAUCCCAGAGGGAGACCCCGGUCAGUGGAGCAUGGAAGAGGGUACGUACACUGCUAG